GGUCAUUCACAUACUGUGACCUUGUUUUGGUUUCGUUGACUAAUCCUGCAAGUCAUGAGUGAAGAAAAUAUUCAAGAUCUUGUCAAGAAAGUUUUUGUUCUCCAGGAGCAAAGAGUUCAUACAUACAGAGUCUUUGAUGGACAUCACCAAGAAUACCUAAAAUCAGCACCAAAUUAUGAUUUCCUGAAAUACCGUCAAUAUGUACACGAUGUCACACAAGAAUUUAACCGAAUCUCUUUGGCCAUUAUUGAAAUUCAAACACAGUUGAAGAACUGUGACAAGAAAGAACUAGUUGGAUUAAUAAAACUGUUACAAGAUGAAGAGAAAUCAAAACUAGAAUUGACUGCCGCAUUACAGCUUGCAAAACAAAAUGCAAUUGAUCAUCCACAUGAUGAGAUUGGUGCUCGUGAUAUUCCUGAACUUAAACAAAGGCUGGCACAGACGGUGGAAAAGAUCAAUGAAUCUUUAGAGGAAAUGAAAUAUGAAUUGGAAGGCAGUUAA